UGCUAUUGCGCCAGGGGUAGUUUUGCAUGCCUGCGGUGUUUCUCCUGGCAGAUGGCGGAUGCAAACAGUUCAGACGUGCCUGAGCCCCCGGGCGCUCCAGGACCCGGCGAGAGUCUCAGCCCCACAAGUGGAAACGCAGGUCGUAAUCUGAAGGAGUGGCUGCAGGAACAGUUCUGUGAUAAUCCAAUCGAACUUUGUCAGGACACCCGGUUGCACGACGCUGCCUACGUGGGGGACCUGCCAACCAUCCAAAAGCUGCUGCAGGAAGACAGUUUUCAAAGCCGCAUCAAUGAGAAAUCUGUGUGGUCUUGCGGCUGGUUGCCUUGUACACCCCUGCGGAUUGCUGCUACAGCAGGGCAUGGAGACUGUGUGAACUUCCUCAUUCAGAAAGGGGCCGAAAUAGAUCUUGUAGAUGUGAAGGGACAAACUGCUCUCUAUGUCGCUGUCGUGCAUGGCCACCUCGAAUGCGUGCACAUCCUUCUGGAAGCGGGAGCUGACCCUAAUGGGAGCCAUCACCACCGUAGCACACCUGUCUACCAUGCAGCCCGUGUGGGAAGAGAUGACAUAUUGAGAGAACUAAUCAGGUUCGGUGCCAAUGUGGAUGCGAAUCCCCACGUGACCUCAGCGUCCGCUAGCCCUUCAUUCAGACCAGUGACAUCCCUGGUGGUUUGCCCUUUGUAUAUUAGUGCAGCCUAUCACAACCUUCCGUGCUUCAAGGUGCUGCUGGAAGCAGGAGCCAACCCAGAUUUUAACUGCUGUGGUCCAGUGAACAUCAAGAAAUUCUCCAGAGACUCUGCAGUGUGCAUCAUGGAUGCCGUCUUACGACACGGCUGUGACAAGGCCUUUGUCAGCCUCUUGAUUGAUUUUGGGGCCAAUCUGAAUCUGGUGAAAUGGGAGACCCUUGAAGAAGGAGCUCCAGGAAGAAUCAGAGUAAACUCCGAAGGCAUGCAGAUGUUCAAAGAAGCCAGAAGUUGCCCCAGGAGAUUGAUGGCUAUGUGCCGUGUGGCGGUGCGGAGACACCUUGGCAAAUGCCGACUGCAUCUAAUAUCUGCUCUUCCUGUUCCAGAUCCUAUUAAGAGAUUUUUACUUCAUGAGCAACAGAUGCAGACGUGAGCCUCCUGGGCUGCAGAAGAAAUUGUACUUCAUGUGAAAGAGCUUGAUUGCUGCGUGUUAUAGUUACUGAUGAAGAAGAGGCCUUUGGGGUUGAAAUGUGCUCGGUUACUUGUCUUAUUGAAUAUGUGAAACCAACUCUGACUGUUGAACUGUCUAAUAGUGGAUGGAAGUGGAUAUAUUCAAGUAAAAACGGCAUUUGAGUUACAAUAGGACUUGUUUUCCAUUGGAGUGUGAGGUGACCUCAUUUCAAUUGUAAUUCUUUGACACUGUGAAAUAAAGUGUAUGUGCUUUUUUUGGUUUUUGA